AGAGUUAUGUGACGAAUAUUCUUCAUCACACCUGUGACAAACAUUCACAUAACACUACCACCCAUUUCACUCAAGUUAACCAUUAGCGCGACCACCAAGAUCGUCGUAACAAUCAGAACGAUCUUGCAACAACUGCCGCUUAAUGUAAACAACGAGAGAAGCCACGAGCGACGAUAACAUAAACAUCCGCAACGAUCGUCGCCCGGGAUUAGGAUCCAGCCAAGGAUGACUCACGGGAAAGUACAUGAACGAUGAUGACUCAUAGGAAAGUACAUGUACGCCAGCACCAACGCCCAGAACGUCAUCACCUAUCCGGAUCAACCAGAUCAGUCUUCAUCCGACUUUCAUCGCAUCCAGUUCAGCUUCAGCUCGUGCUCUCCGUUCCGUUCAAAUUUACUAACUACUAACUAAGUGUUUGAAUAAAAUUGUUUUUUUAAAAACUAUAUGGUUAUCCACCAACCAUAACUGGCGCAGUCGGCAGUUCGCUUCGCGGCUUCGGUUAACAUAAAUCUCCGUAAAAGUGAAAGUGGUGCAAUCGAAUCGAUCGAUAACGGUAAAUCACGGACUCUUGUGUUUUUAUCCGAUGUUUUCACCAUCCCGAGUGUACGCAUCAUCCACCAACUUGUGUGUGAUUUGUGAUAAAAAUCAAUUUCCGUAAACUUUCUGUGCAUCACCACUGACGCUAACGUGCAAUCGUUUCGCGGAUUUUUUUUUUGUGACUUUAUCCGGUGUCUUUUCACCAUCACGUGUGUAUUCACCAUCCACCAAUUCGUGUGUGACUUGUGAUAAAAUUUACCGAUUCACGUGAACUUUCAAGUUCAAGAAGUGACCUUUACUCUCAAAAACAGUACGAACGCUGAAUAAUCGAAAGAAAGUGCUCAACCCGUAGCGUGGAAAAUACGUGCCCGUCCCGUGACAUAUUUUUCCAUUGGAGAAGACUCAACAAACAAUAAAAAGUAAUCCGUCAUCGCAUGCCAAAAUUCACCCCUUACAUUAAAGUAAAAGCGAGGAAACUAAUCCCCGAGACAAAGAUGAAGAAAACAUCGAUUGUUCUAUUAAUCAUCUUAUGCAACCAAAUCGAAAGCUCCUUCUUGGACAUUCAAGAUUUAACGAACAACCCUGGAAUGUUUGCGAUUCAAAUAGGAACAGCCCGAAUUAUUGAAGACUAUCAUCUUGUUAUACACAGAUUUGAUAUUGGCAAGUACGAAUCAAUAGUACAGCAAUAUAAAAAUAUCAUAUAUGAGUUAGAUGAAAAAUUUAAAACUAUCAAAGCCAAUUCAAACAAACAACAAACAUUAGCAGAUUCCAAGCAAAUAUCAGACAUCACAAAUAUUCUGAAACAAAAAUAUGAGCAAACCUAUUCCAUGGUCAGAAAUUUCAAACCAAUAGCUUCAAAACCUAAAAGAGCUAUUGACAUCUUAGGAACUGUUAUUAAAACAAUAACAGGAAACUUAGAUCAUAACGAUUAUGUAGACCUAUCGAACAAAAUUGAUGUAUUGCGUCUAUCCACUAAUAAACUAAUAACGGAGAAUAAUGCGCAAAUCACAAUCAACAGCGAAUUCGAGCAACGUCUGAACAACAUAACGGAUGCAGCAAGAACACAAGCACAGGAAAUCCAUGAUUUCAUCCGUUUAUCCAACUUCAAAUCUAAUGAUCUAGGUGAAAUUCAACAGAAAAUUCAUUUGCACAAUGUCAUUUUCAGCCUUGAUAACAUUAGAGAACAACUUAACGUUAUCUUCGAGUCUGUGCAACUAGCAAAACUUGGGAUACUAUCAAAGGCAUUGCUUUUUCCAACAGAAAUGAACUUUAUAAUGAACAUACUUUUGGAAGAAGGACUUAAGAUAAAAAGUUACGAUCAAGCUUACGAGUAUUUGGAACCAAUAGCAAUCCACCACAAUCAUCAGAUACACUUGCUGAUAAAAAUUCCAAAACUUCGAUCCGGCAGUUACUCUAUGUUGAGAAUUGAACCGAUUCCGAUCAAUCAAUCAGUGAUACAUGUACAAUCUAAAUACGCUGUUAUAAACAAACACGAAUCUUAUUUAAUAGACAAGUUCAACCUGAUUGAAGGCGAAUACAUUCUAAAACAGAUCAACCUACAAAAUGUUACCAACAACCAAUGCGAGCAUCAACUGUUCCGUGCCAACCAUAGUAAAUGUGUAUUCACACAACACGAUAACUAUAUGGAAGUUACAAUUAUCGAAAACUAUGGAGUACUUAUUAAAAAUGCUCAAUUAACAACUUUCGGAAACACCUGUGGAUACGGCAAAAGAAAUCUCACCGGUACAUUCUUCGUAUAUUUCAAAAACUGCACAAUUUCCGUUGAUAAAACCCAGUAUGGAAACAAACAAAUGGAAUUCGAAGAGCAACCGAAAGUCAUACCACUUAAUUCCAUUGUCAUAGAAACAAACGGAAUGCACUUCGACGCCUUUCAAAAUAUGACAAAACUUCAUAUUGACAACAGAGAAAAAAUCACCAAAUUAGAAAAAACCAAUACUACCUUGAUCGUACAACACGCAACAAGUCUGUUCAUAAUAAUCAUUCUAAUUUUACUCACCGCAUGGUGCUCUUUAUUAAAAAUCCACAAUCUAAGAAAAAGAGUUACCAUCACAGUAAAACCUCAGUUGACCCGAGACGGCUCAAUCUAAGGGGGGGGAAGUUAUGUGACGAAUAUUCUUCAUCACACCUGUGACAAACAUUCACAUAACACUACCACCCAUUUCACUCAAGUUAACCAUUAGCGCGACCACCAAGAUCGUCGUAACAAUCAGAACGAUCUUGCAACAACUGCCGCUUAAUGUAAACAACGAGAGAAGCCACGAGCGACGAUAACAUAAACACCCGCAACGAUCGUCGCCCGGGAUUAUGAUCCAGCCAAGGAUGACUCACGGGAAAGUACAUGAACGAUGAUGACUCAUAGGAAAGUACAUGUACGCCAGCACCAACGCCCAGAACGUCAUCACCUAUCCGGAUCAACCAGAUCAGUCUUCAUCCGACUUUCAUCGCAUCCAGUUCAGCUUCAGCUCGUGCUCUCCGUUCCGUUCAAAUUUACUAACUACUAACUAAGUGUUUGAAUAAAAUUGUUUUUUAAAAA